AUGGCACAGUCUGUUCCAUCCGCCGGUUUCUCGCAGUACCAAGGCCCGUUUGACGAAUGGGAUGCACUGAUCCGUCAAGCACCCAUCCUCGAUACUGGUCCUAUACAAGGAGAGACGGUUGAGCAGCUACAGCGCCGGACAAAUGAAAUCAGGGUCAAGGCGUCCGAUAAUGAAAUGAAUGUAUCUGGCCUACGCGAGAGGGUGAGCUGGGCGGAUUAUUCGGUGCCAACGAGAGACGGCGCGAGUGUGCCCGUUCGCGUCUACCGAGCCAAGCACUCCACAACUGCAGCCCCAAUUCCCGUGUACAUCUUCUUCCACGGCGGCGGGUUCUUGCUCGGGAACAUCGAGUCCGAAAAUGCCAACUGUGCGCGCAUCGUUGAUAUGUGGGAGCAGCCGCCCGGGCUGAUGGUCGUCCAUGUCUGCACGCGGCAUACCCCCGAAUACUGCCAUCCCACCCCAUUUCACGACGCAUGGGACGCGUUCCAGUGGCUGUCGGCAAAUCUCCAGUCCAUGGGCGGGGACACUGCGGCCACGGUGAUCGGAGGCAUCUCCGCGGGGGCAGGGCUCGCGGCAUCGGUUGCUCUGAAGGAGCUCGAGGCAAGAAAAGCGGAAUCCGGGCCCUUGAUCCAGCCUCGGGGACAGGUCCUCUGUAUUCCCUGGCUGAUCCAUCCAGCGGCACACCCCUUUGCUGAUAAGGGAUGGUCUGCCCCGCAGCAGAACAAAGAUGCACCGAUCUUGCCUCUGACGCGAAUCCAGCAUUUUGCCGAGCUUAUGAAGGUCGAGCCGGAGACUGAUGCGCUGUUCAACUCGGGUCUCGCGACGGCUGGACAGGUCACCGGCUUGUCCAAGACGAGCAUUUUGGUUGCCGGAUGGGAUGUUCUCCGCGACGAUGGGUUACUCUAUGCAGAGACUUUGAAGAAAGCAGGAGUUGACACGCGCGUUCACAUUUUCCCUGGUCUCCCUCACGGGUUUCGGCGGUUCGCAAGUCUUCCAUCUAGUCGGAAAUGGGAUUGCCUCAUUGUACAAUCCAUCGCCUGGUCACUGGGCUGUUCUUCUGGUGUGACUUUGUAG